AUGAUGCAGUUGCACACUUUGGGAACCUCUUCUCAUCCAUGGUCUAGUCGUGGCUUCAGGACGCCACCCGCGUCGCUUUCCCAUAGGUACUCGACAAGGCACGUCUCGAGUACAGCUGCAGCCACUGCCGACCGGGCUUUUCCAAGCGAUGAUCGAGGCUUCAUCCGCUCCCGUGUACUCCAAGUGCAGUCGGCUGGUGAGAACACGAUUGGAGGUUUCGCCCAUGGCGGUUGCGGGACGAGCCUAGACAUGUUCGUCGUCGGAUUCGGCGUCGUCAAAGCUGGAACAACGAGCAUGUUACGUCGACUACGUGCCGUUCAGUUGGGACGGUGGCCGCGCUGUACAUCAUUGGAACUGGUACAUCUCAGGAUACAUCUCAGGACGGGUCGACGCCGAGUGGUAAUGACAGGCGCUCGCUGUUUGAGCUGCACAGAAGACGUCUCAAAGCCUCUCCAUGCUCUCGACAACUAUGCAAUGCAUUAUUAUGUAUCUGUAACACAAAAAGGGUUCGUCCAGGCCCUGCGGUGUGAAGUCAUGGAUAGCGUGUCAUAG